AUGUCUGCAGCCUCUACCAAGCUGGGUUUGCAGCUCUCUCAAACCGGUGCUCUCCAAAGCUACCCCAAGAUACACACUACAACAUCACGACGCCAUAUCUCAUCAGUCAUUCUCUCCAAACGGCCUCGGGCUCAGUCGCGUUAUCUCCAGCCCUCCGGCCUUGCGCCGUUAGCAGCAAAUCCCCUUCAGUCGAGUCCACCUUCUUCGUUUUUCACUCCUUCCCUCUGCAAAACCCGACAUGCUUCUACCACGUCCAGUUCCAGUCCCGACUCAAAGUCGGAUGUUCUUGACUGGAACAGUUUCUUCGCCCUAAGAACCUCUCGCCGACGAUAUGCUCUCGCUUCAUCCAUCCUCACCUCCAUUGGUUCAACUUCUGCCGCAAUCAUAGCCUUCUCCGAGAUCCCGGAUCUGGCCAAUUCUGUUCAAGCGAUAGUGCCGACCGACCCCUUUAUAAGUAUGGGCCUUGCAACAUUCGGUGCAACAUUCUUUGGCUGGCUUAUUGGGCCCGCUUUCGGAAAUACAAUAUGGAGACUUCUUCAUCGCAGCCGACUGCCAGAAUUCACCAUGAAAGAGAAGGCUUUCUUUGAGAGGAUCAAGAAGCACAGAGUCAACCCAAGUGGCGCCAGUACAAACAAUCCCGUCCCCGAUUUCUACGGUGAAAAAGUUGGGAGCGUUUCAGGCUAUAGACGAUGGUUGAAAGACCAGAGAGCUUUCAACCGGAAGCGAGGAGGAACUUAUCCCACUCAGGAUUGA